UGUCGCAGAAAACCCACCCAUUCAAGCCAGAUGCCACCUACCACACCAUGAGCAGCGUGUCGUGCACUCCCACCUCGUCCUCCGUCCACCUGCACCACCCGUCCGUGCUGACCACACACCAUCCCCACCACCACCAGCCCUCCCAGGGCCUGGAUGGAGAGCUCCUGGACCACCUCAACACUGCCCUCCCGCUUGGAGGGGUGCGCAAGCGCACGUCCAUCGCUGCCCCGGAGAAGCGCUCGCUGGAGGCUUAUUUUGCCGUUCAGCCGCGGCCCUCCUCGGAGAAAAUCGCUGCCAUCGCCGAGAAGUUAGACUUGAAGAAGAACGUGGUGCGGGUCUGGUUUUGCAAUCAGAGACAGAAGCAGAAAAGGAUGAAAUUUUCUGCUACCUACUGA